AUGAAAUUAAUCUUAUCAUUUAAUGAAGAAAGUUCAAUGUCAAAGUUGACUAAUCCUCAAACUCCGACAAACGAUCAUAAUGAGACUCAAACAAAACUUCUCCAAACCGUUCUAUCCUACCCCACUUCAUCGAAGCCUAGCCCUCAAAGCCCUCCUUCUUCCCCCGAAUCAGAGACUUUGUUGUUGUUAUCAGGACUCCUGACUCCUCACUUCCAUCUCGGAUCAGGCUCCGAGCGCGUUCACAAGGAACGAAAUGAAUUCAUAAGUGAGAAAAAGUCUAAGAAGCUGUACUUUCAAGUCUCACAUCAACAAAUCUCAGCAGUUCCAAAUCACGAUGUUGCGAAAAACUUGACAAAUCAGAAGCCUUCAACCUUUGUACCAAUGUAA